AUGAGCAUCAGAUCCUACGAUCCCAUCAACGACUUCCUACACUCACCGCUUACUCCAAUCAAAGGAGAACCGACCAGAGAAACCAUCAAACUCCUCAUCACAGAAAACAAAGACAACGCCCGCCAAGUACACAGUGCCAGAGGCACAGCAUCCGAAGGACAUCUCCGCACCUGCUAUCGCCUCAACGAUUACAAUGCCCGAGCUCACAUGGCACCCACACCAUGGGUAGACCCAGUCCAUCCAGGCGCCCGAGCCAACAUCGCCGUCGGAGCAACAGCCGCUCAAAUUCAACGAGCCGUCUCUGAGCACCAAUAUGACCUCCAAGAAUUCCAGAUCUUCCAAGCCACCGAAAGAGCCCUCCUCAAACUUGCCAUGAAUGCAAUCGAAGAAGUCUACUACAAGGGCUUGAAAGACCCCGACGAAGGAUACACCAUGCUCCAUUACAUGGAUCUCAUCGAACACCUGCAGGAGCAAUUCGCCUUUGCCCGAGGCCAUGACAACAUCACCGACCGCGCAGCACUUCGAGCCGGUCUCAAAAACCUAGAGGACAGUGGCGUAUUCAACAACGCCCUCAAAGAAUGGCGCCAAAAACCAAGCGACGACCAAACUUGGGCCACUUUCCAAACCUUCUUCCUCGCAGCCAACAAGGAACGUCUCCGCACCGUCACCACCAAAGACGCCGGAUACCAUGACCAACACCGAGCCAAUGCCGCAGGAAAAAGCUUCGAUAACCCCUACCUCAUCCAUUUCGCUAAUGGCGAACCAAUGUCCUAUUGUUUCUCCCACGGCUUCCAAUGGGAUCUCACCCACAACAGCAAAACUUGUCGCAACCGCCACCCCGAGCACAACGAAAAAGCACGCGGCAACAACAUGAUGGGCGGCCGCUGCCAAGUCAAGCGCAAACCAGGAGAACUUCCCAUUGUCAAAUACCAACCAGCCCAACGAAACAGCAAUGGCGGCAAUGGCAAUCGCACUCGCGAAAACGGAAGCAACAGCGCCAACCACUCCGAACGCACAACCGACCGCACGGAUCGCACCACAACCACCACCGAAACGGACGUUAGCUCCCUCUCAACCCAACAAUCCUGA